GCUACUUCCCCCCAAGUUGACGGACGAACUCCAACCGGUCGAUGCCGGCUAUGGACGCCUCCUCAAAGUCGAAGUCGGUAACCAGCUAUGAAUUUCUUGGGCACGAGGAAAACCUUCGCCUGUGGGAGACCAACAGGCUUUCAGCUGGUGCAAGGCGAAUCCUUUUCGUGCGAUUCGUUGCAAGGGCGGUCGCGCGCAUGGACGCUCGGCCUGGGUACCGUCAUCGCCUGUUCGAGAAGACCGGACUGGCGAUGAUGGCAGACGGGUCGUUGGACGACCGCAUCACUCCGGAGGGUGUAGUUGGGGCGUACAACUUCAUGGACGGGGGCACGAGUAGUGACGAGGAGAUGCCCGACCAGGAUGAUGAGGUCGGCGACGACUAUAGGGGGGCGGGCGGUGGCAAGUCAAGUUUCAACAGCGACGCAAGCGCAGAUGAUGAUGGAAAGUGAUGACCACGGCGGUGUUCAAGACCUCCUGUCACAGCUAGACAUCGACGAUGACGUCGACUCCGACGAUGACAUCAUCGCGAUGAAGGUUCCGGUAGGAUUCCAUCUUCAAGAGUCUCCUCCAGAAAAGCUGGAUCGCGCUUUGAUUAAGCGUUGCGUGUUCUUGAGGCGUGGUAUAGAGUGGUUCUUGGGGCAGAUCAGCCGGGUAGCGCCCCCUCAAACUAGCCACACGUACGACUACCGCGUGGUUUUGGCGUACGAACAAAGCACCAUCAGUGUGAAGAUACCUCUAGAUGCAUACGAUGUAGACGAGGCGAACGCAGCCGUAGGAGCGUGGGCGUUGAUCGAGCCGAUCGACGAUUCGAAUGAGCCGGCGGGGGUGUGUGACGGUGAACGGCCACGCUGGCAGGGCAGUAGGGCGCGAACCCCCAAUGUUCACAACAUUGACCAACCGGGAUAGAGCAUGCCAAGUUGUGACAACUUCACCAAUCGAUUUCGAGGGGCGUUGGGGAUAUACGGAGUAUGUUGUCCGCACGCAUAUUAGCACAAUGACUUUGCGCUUUUUUUUAUUCAGUUCAGUACCGCCGGGUGUCGCGCAAGCAUGUACCCCGCGGGUAGUGCAAAGCUUCGUGGCUGGAAAAAGAAAUAGGGAUGAUAAGAAAUCGUGCAAUUUGCAUGGUGGCGAAAAAAUAGGAAAUGGCGAAAAAACGGAAUCGUGCAAUUCUCGUCGGGGAAAAAUAGGAAAUGCCCACAUAAGAUGUUCAGCUCACUAUGGCUGCGGCAAUAAGAUUUGAGCCUCAGCUGACACAGGUGUUUCUUACGAGUGGGCUGGCACUGUAUGUGUAGGCAAGCCACCAACAAGGCGAAUGAAGGUGGCACAUCGGUACAGUGCACACAACAGGGCAAGAAGCGUGGUGCCAUUCGCAGUUUCAUGAUGUGCGGAAGGAUAGACUAGACAACGGCGACAUGAGUUUUCGUGUCAGACGACGGACCGCUGGGCGGUCCGCAGCAGCAAAGGCAUGUUCGUUGACGUGGAGUCACGGCUUGGGGAUUCCUGCGAGAGUCGAACGGACGAAAAAUAUACGUCGUCAGUUGUGAGCACGCAAACGUGCUGCAGGGAUUGCAGGUGUACCUCCUCGGGCUUGUGAACCUUUUCUUGCAAAUAGUGUGUGUAUUCCUUUGAUCUUCUGGGGGCUCUAGCAUUUUUGUGACCACGGACCGAGUCUUUGCUAGAUUUUGGGAUUAGCAACUGA